AUGGACGCUAUUUCUGAUCCAACAUUCCGUACUUCUAAAACAAGGCCGCAGUAUGCGGAGGAAACGCCGUCUUUAUUGGUUCUUGUCAUCGACACAGCGCCUAAAUUGUGGGCAGAGCUAGACGGCAAGGAUGGCAACAUGAUAACGGUACUGCAAUCCAUCAUAGUCUUCCUGAACGCACAUUUAGCCUUCAACAAUUCAAAUCGAGUGGCUGUUAUUGCUGCACAUUCACAAGGCAUCAAAUAUCUCUAUCCAAAAAGUGUCUCAAGACAAUACUCUGAGCAAUCUUAUGGGCAUGCAUCUUUUUCAACUAAGGAUCUCUCAAUCAUCAGCAAUGACAUGUAUAGACAGUUCAGAAAUGUUGAUGAGACUUUAGUUGAAGAGUUGUAUAAGCUGUUUCAAGAAGAGAAAAAUCAGGUAGACAAGAUUACACAAAAAAGCACACUGGCUGGCGGAAUGUCUGCCGGACUCACAUAUACCAACAGGCUUUCAAGAGAGCUUUCAUCAAUUUCACUCAAGUCGCGCCUUUUAGUUUUAACUUGCGGCAGUGGUGGUGGAAGAGAUGAAAUUUUCCAAUACAUUCCAAUCAUGAAUUGUAUUUUUUCUGCAACUAAGUUAAAAUGUCCCAUCGAUGUUGUUAAGAUUGGGGGGAGACGAGAUAGUACAUUUUUGCAACAAACUACUGAUGCUACUCAAGGAGUUUACCUGCAUGUUGAAUCCACCGAUGGCCUUAUACAAUACCUUUCUACUGCUAUGUUCAUUGACCCAUCGCUGAGACAGAUUAUAGUGAAACCAAACCAAGGAUCAGUCGACUUUAGAACAUCAUGUUACCUGACUGGUAAAGUUGUAGCAGUGGGUUAUAUUUGCUCUGUCUGCUUAUGUGUUUUAUCAAUAAUUCCCCCGAGUAACAGGUGUCCUGCCUGCGAUUCGGAAUUUGAUGAGCGAGUCAUUGCUAAAUUAAAGAAGAGUAGGGAGUGA